AUGGGUUCUUUCAAAGUUUAUGUUUCGAUGGUGUCGAUGUUUGUGUUGAUCGCUAUGCUCAAUAGUUCUAGCAGUUAUAGAUACAGCAGCCGAUACAGCAGUCGAUCAAGAUACAAUUAUCAACCCUCACUUAGAAAAUGUCUGAGUAAUGACAUUAUUUCUACCUUACAAGGAACAUUAUGUCCAAAAGCGAAUCCCUGUAAAAAUGGUGGAACAGAACAGCCUAGUGGAAGAUGUGUUUGUACAGAUGAAUAUACUGGUCCUACUUGUGAAGAAAAGGUGAAUCCUUGUAAAAAUGGUGGAAUCGAUCUGCCUAGUGUGGGAUGUGUUUGUACAUUUGAUUUUACUGGUUCUACUUGUGAAGAAAGAGUGAAUCCUUGUCAAAAUAAUGGAACACUACUGUCUGAUGGAUCAUGUAAUUGUACAGUGGAUUUUACUGGUACUCUUUGUGAAGAUAUAGUGAAUCCUUGUCAAAAUGGUGGAACAGAACGGCUUAAUGGAACAUGUGAUUGUACACAGUUUUAUGCUGGUGAUUUUUGUGGUCAGUAUAAUUGA